GCGGAGUCCAGGGAAGGAGGACAUUGCGCGUUGUGGGGGAGGGGAGGCGGUCAUGGCGGCGGUGGCGGCCGCUCAGACACAGACGGUGAUCGGUAGCAUCAAGACGGAGGAGAUGGAGACCGAGGAGGAGGAGGCGGCUUUCCGCAACGGGAUGAAAGUGUCCGGCGGCGGGGGGGGUUUGUUGGUCGAGGUGAAGCGAGAGCCCGGGCUCGACGAAUCUCCUCCGCAGCCCCCUCCUUCUCAGCAGCAGCAGCAUCAUCAUCAUCAUCAACAACAGCGCCGCGGCUCGGAGCCUCCGGAGCGAUCUCCCCCCGGCGGCGCCAGCCGGCACUGCAGCGGCGGCGGAGGCGCGGCAGGCGCGGGCCAGUCCUCCAGCGCCAACAAUGCCCCCGGCGGCCGCGAGCAAGAGGUGACCGUGGAGAUCGGAGCCACUUACCUGUGCAGGAGGGCGGACAACAGCUGGCACUCGGCGGAGGUGAUCCAGUCUCGACUGAAUGAGCAGGAAGCUCGUGAGGAGUUUUACGUUCAUUAUGUGGGCUUUAACCGCCGGCUGGAUGAGUGGGUGGACAAGAACCGCCUGGCACUGACUAAGACACUGAAGGAAGCCGUGCAGAAAACCAGCGACCAGUACAUGAGCGAACUCUCCGACCAGCCCGAACGCAAGAUCACCCGCAACCAGAAACGCAAACACGACGAGAUCAACCACAUCCAGAAGACCUAUGCAGAGAUGGAUCCCACGACAGCAGCUUUGGAAAAGGAGCACGAAGCGAUCACCAAGGUAAAAUACGUGGAUAAGAUCCAGAUUGGGAAUUACGAGAUUGAUGCCUGGUAUUUCUCCCCGUUCCCCGAGGAUUAUGGAAAGCAGCCGAAGCUCUGGGUCUGCGAGUACUGUCUUAAAUACAUGAAGUUCGAGAGGACCUACCGCUUCCACUUGUCACAGUGCCAGUGGAGACAGCCGCCUGGAAAAGAGAUCUAUCGCAAAACCAACAUCUCUGUGUACGAGGUAGAUGGGCGAGACCACAAGAUUUACUGCCAGAACCUGUGCCUGCUGGCCAAGCUCUUCCUUGACCACAAGACCCUGUAUUUCGACGUGGAACCUUUUGUCUUCUACAUCCUGACUGAGGUGGACCGGCACGGGGCACACAUCGUGGGCUAUUUCUCCAAGGAGAAGGAGUCGCCUGAUGGGAAUAAUGUUGCUUGUAUUUUGACUCUGCCACCAUAUCAGCGCAGGGGCUACGGGAAAUUUCUCAUUGCGUUCAGCUACGAGCUGUCGAAGUUGGAAAGCACGGUGGGCUCUCCAGAGAAGCCCCUCUCUGACCUCGGGAAGCUGAGCUACCGCAGCUACUGGUCCUGGGUUCUGCUGGAGAUACUGCGGGACUUCCGAGGGACGCUGUCCAUCAAAGAUCUCAGUCAGAUGACCAGCAUUACCCAGAACGACAUCAUCAGCACAUUGCAGUCGUUAAACAUGGUCAAAUACUGGAAAGGUCAGCACGUUAUCUGUGUCACCCCGAAACUGGUGGAGGAACACCUGAAGAGUGCCCAGUACAAGAAGCCUCCAAUUACAGUCGACUCGAUCUGUCUGAAAUGGGCUCCACCAAAACACAAGCAGCUCAAGCUCUCGAAGAAGUGAUUCGGGCGAGAUCCGAGGAGCAGGAGCAGGAUUUCUGUGACGGCACCAGAGGGGGAGAGAGAGAGAGCGAGGACAGUGAAUCAACUGGGGCUAGAUGGCACAGAGCGGGCAAGGGGGCAGGGAACAGAGGGUUUCCCCAGAGACACAGACCCACCCCCUACCCACCCAUCAUCGCUGCUGCCUAGACACAUUGAGAACAGCAGUGGGUAGCGCCGGGAUGACACUGGUUCACUCAGACUUUGUUUGUUUGUUUGUACGUGUGUGUGUCAGAGAGAGUGCGAGCGCGUCAGAGAGUGUCACAGUGAGUGAGUGCGAGAGACAGUGCGAGCGUGUCAGAGAGUGUCACAGUGAGUGAGUGCGAAAGAGAGUCACAGAGAGAGUGCGAGCGCGUCAGAGAGUGUCACAGUGAGUGAGUGCGAAAGAGAGUCACAGUGAGAGAGAGAGAGAGAGUGUGCAAGCGAGUCACAGCGAGUGCGAGCGUGUUGCGGAGUGAAAGAAUGAGAGGGAAGGUGCGUGACUCAGUGCCUAUCAAUGGGUACAGCUUUAAACGACUUGAGCCGUUGUGCAUCUGCCAGCUGCCUUGAGGAUGCAGCUCAGGAUUUGAAAGGGACGGACCGGAGAGGCUUUGAUCGUGUUUUUAUCAAGAAAUUGUCGGCAAUAAUUUCAGCUUGAGCUUCCGGGAGCCCACGUACACAUUCUCAUUUCUGUAGUUCUGUUGUAGUUGUUCAAAGUUGUAAUAAAUGCGGUUGUGUUUUUUGUUACUUUA